GCAGUGGAGCUUCUAAAAGAUACGUAGAUUGACUUAGAGACUCCCAAUACUAAGAUAAACAAACGUCACCAAGCCUCCGGUCGUUCCCAAGCUGAUACUGAAACCCUAAAAAUGGGUUGGUCAAUGUUUAUUCCGAGGUUACAGCAUAUAUAAUCGCUACCCUAAAAAAAAUAGAUCAAAACACAGAGCAUCCUCACCUUAUCAGGAAUUUUGACAUUAUUGGAUACAGUCACAUCUUUAAAUGACAUAAACAGUUUUCAAUAUUUCAUUUGCAUGCAUUAAAUCACGUGGACGUUUUGAAUAUUGCGUACUUGUUUUCGUGUUGCCUCAGAAUAUGGGGAAAUCUAAGAAAGAAAACAAAGAUAGCAACGCUACUGAAUCAGUUGCACUGAAAAAGGAGGUUUCAGUCAUACAGGGUGUGAGUAUUGUUGUCGGUGUUAUCAUUGGUUCUGGUAUUUUUGUUUCACCUGUCGGAGUCUUGAAACAUACCAAAUCCGUCGGAUUAUCAUUUAUUAUGUGGGCCGUCACCGGAUUAUUCAGUGCAUUGGGUGCCAUCGUGUAUGCCGAACUAGGUGUCACUAUUCCUCGAUCUGGUGGAGAAUAUGUUUACAUUCUCCAAACGUUCGGACCUUUACUUGCCUUCCUAGCCUUUUGGAUUACAUUCGUCGUAAUCGGAUCUGCAAGUUGUGCGGCAAAUGCACUUAUUUUCGCCCAAUAUAUUCUUCGACCUGUUUACAUGGACUGUGUUACUCCUACUAUCGUGAUACGCACCGUUGCAGUGCUAGGACUGCUUCUUCUUUGCUUCGUGCACUGUUUUAGCGUUAAACUGGCAACGAAAGUUGCGGUCGUCUUCACUGCAUGUAAAGUUACAGCUUUACUUAUUAUAAUUGGUUUUGGCCUCUACUAUCUGGGAAAAGGAAAUGUUGAGAGUUUCAAAAAUGCCUUUGAAGAUAGCGAAAAAUCACCUGGUGAACUUGCAUUGGGGUUUUACCAAGGGUUUUGGGCUUUCUCUGGUUGGAAUUAUCUCAACUUUUUGACUGGAGAAGUAAAGAAUCCAGGAAGGACACUACCGAUCGUAAUUAUACUCUCCCUCACAACAGUAACGUUCAUCUAUAUUUUGACCAAUGUGGCCUACCUCGCAGUCUUAUCACCAUUAGAAGUCCUUGCCUCAGAAGGUUCCACUGCAAUAGCUGUGAGUUUUGCAUCAAGAACUAUGGGGGUUGUGGGUUUGAUAAUGCCAGCUCUUGUAGGUGCUUCAGUCUUUGGCAGUAUAAAUGGUGAGGUAUUCUCUAUUUCCCGACUAGCAUUUACCGCUGGUGAAGAAGGACAUAUGCCCGCGCUUCUUUCAAUGGUUAAUAUUGACCGUUUAACUCCUAUUCCAUCUAUAUUAAUUGUAGUGACCCUAUCUGUAAUUUUUCAAAUGUUCGAUGAUAUACUUUAUUUGAUCGAGUUAACGGGAUUUGCUUUCUCUGUAAUGUCUGCAAUGGCUGUUUGCAGUUUACUCUACAUUCGUCGUACAAAUCCUGAAAUGAAUACAUCGGGAUUUAAAUUACCUAUUUUUUUUCCUGUGUUGUACUUAAUUGUGGACAUUGCUAUUGGAAUUCUUGCAAUCUAUCAAAAGCCUACAGAUUGUGCAAUUAGUAUUGGAGUAAUGUUGCUAGGUGUUCCAGUUUACCUUUUUGGGGUAGUAUGGAAGAACAAACCAAGAUCAAUGAGAUCUUUAAUAUAUGGUGUCACAAUCACUUUACAAAAAGUUUUAAAAGUUGUUGAACAAGAAAAAGUCUCUGAUAUAAUAGAAAUAGAUGGUCAUUUAAAACCUAUUGAUAGUCAACUGGAUAUAUCAUAACAAAAAAAAACAACAAUAAUAAACAAUAACGAAAAAUUCGCUUUAUUCUUAAUUUUGCCAAUGUUCUUAGAACUACUGUUACAAUGGUAACUAAUGAAUUUUAUUCUUAGAAUUUUUGUUUUGUUUGUAAAAAAAAAACAAUAUUGUGCUUAAAAUUACCCAUGAAUUCAUCCAAUCAAAUUGUUUCUUUCUAUUACCUUAAAAAUCUUUCAAAUCAUCCUGUAAAUGAAUUCAACAUUUUGCUUUUUUUUUUCUCUUCAUAGGAUACAGUGUAACAUUGUACUUCAUUCAUUUCAUGUUGUAUUAAAGAAAUUUCUUCGCUUUUUUAGACAUAGAUUCACUUAUAUUACCAUUUGCUAACAUCUUUGCCAGUUUUUUUUUUUUUUAAAUUUGUAACUUCUUAUAUAUUUUGUUUUAAUCCUAGAUGUAUUUGUUAUUCUUGUACUUUCAGUGCUUCUCCCUUGCAUUAUCAGUAGAAUAAUCACAUUUUGUAUAUCCUAAAUUGCUUUGAUGUAUCCUUUUUAAUUGAUUGUAAAUUUGUGUGUAUGUACAUAGUUUACAUACAAAAUUCAUGAUGAUAUUGAAUUAAUAAAAAGAAAAUAUUUGGCUAUUUGUAAAGAUUUAUUCAAUUUAAUGGUUAGCUGAUCAUGGAUUAGUGACUAACGACUUGUUUGUUAUCAUUGCCGCAGCCAAUGUAUGAAUGCACAUGAUUUGUGUACAUUAUCAUUUGCUUUUAUCAAUUAAAGUAUCCUAGUCACUUAA